AUGGCCGUCGACGCAAUGGAUCUCGACAAUUCACCUCGACCCGGCGAGGUCGAGCGCAAACGCAAGCACAAGAACAAAGACGCUUCACCAUCGAAAAAGCGCAAGCAGCCCGUGCAGAGCAGCAGUGCGUCUCAAAAAGAUCAGAGGAGCUCAACUGGCGCGGGCGCGGGCGCGGGCGCAACUACUGGUAAAGCCUCUGGUUCUCCGUUCUCCCUCACGACGGCCACCUUAUAUCUGCCCUUGGCGCCCAUCUCCAUCUCGUCCACUGUUGCGCUGCAAUCGCUUCUUGCAGAGCACCUUUCUCCAUUGCUUCUUACAUAUUACCCACCACUGAAGGGAGUGGUGCUGGCCUACAGCCAUGCUUCCAUCUCUGCUACGCCGCCUACUUCGAUACCCCGCAAUGGCUCCUCCGAUCCCAACCCGCAGCAGCUCACCUUGGCCCGCAGCGCGGACGAAUACGGUGUCUUAUAUGUCUACUUGACCGCUACAUUCCUGAUCUUCCGCCCGCAGCGCGGCCAGACGCUGGAAGGAUGGGUCAAUGUUCAAACAGAGGGUUUCCUGGGCGCGGUCGUCUUCAACUUGUUCUCCGUGGGAAUCGAGCACAAGCGGCUCCCCACAUCGUGGACCUGGGUUCCACCCGGUGAAGACGGCGAGACCCCAGAGAAUACUCACAAGGAUCUGACUACGGAUGACGAGUCUGGUGCCGGCGGAGCCUCGCCGGGCUUUGACGCGGAGAAAGAAUUGUUUCAACCUGCGCCGGCGGCGAUUGACGAGGUCGACAUUGACGGUGAGGCGGAAGAGGAGGAGGUGUCUGGCGGUCACUUCCAAUCUAUCUCGGGUCACACGGUGCGCGGGAAUAUCAAGUUCCGUGUGGUCGAUAUUGAUGUGAUUCCCGGCUCGGAUCGAGACCGUGGGUUCCUGAGCAUCGAGGGCACCAUGUUGACGGAAGAGGAGGAGCAAGCGCUGUUGACCGCGGAGAGUCAGGGUGAUGUGUUGCCCUCGUCCUUCCUGGGUUCUGCACAGAAGAGAAACGGCCGCAUCAUUCCCAUCUCGACUUCCCCGGCGGCGGAUGCCGUUGUCGAUGUGUCCGUGGUCGAGAUUGACGAGCCCACCGGACAAGACGAAGAGGAGACCGAGUCGCGCGAGGAGAAGGUGACAAAGGAGAAGAAAGAGAAGAAAGAGAAGAAAGAGAAGAAAGAGAAGAAAGAAAAGAAAGAAAAGAAAGACAAGAAAGACAAGAAAGACAAGAAAGACAAGAAAGACAAGAAAGACAAGAAAGACAAGAAGGACAAGUCCGAGUCCAAGGAGAAGAAGGAGAAGAAGGAGAAAAGCAAGAAAUAG